UUGUUAAAAUUGCAUUCAUUAAGUAAAAAUGUAUAUUAAAAAUAAAAAGCAUUGAAAAUACAAUUGGAAAAAUCACCAAAGAGAUUUAAAUAAAAAAAGAGGAAAUAUCAUAAACGAAUUGCUGCAAAUAAAUGCAAAAAAAAUUUAAAAUUAAAAGCUACCAAUAAGAUUUAUGUGAAUUAAAGAAACUGCCAAACGAAUGAUGGCAACAUUAAUGAAGUUCAAUUAAAAUAUUUGUUGUUAAUUGCAAUUCCGCGAAGAGUGUCUGUCGAUUUAUUUGAAUCUGGCAUGUGUGUCUCAGUGUGACUGCGAGAAGGAAAGUGGACUGUGAGUGAUUUAUGGCUGAUGGUGGAAAAUGCAGUAACAAAAGAAAAAAAAAAUGCUUUAAAUAAAUAAGAACGCAUAAACGUGCAACAACAAAGCGAAAACACCGAGUGAGCGGGCAAAGAACAACAAUAAAAGGAAAAUACAUAUAUACGAAUAUAAAAAACGAAGAAAAUUUCAGCACAAAAGUGAGGAAAGUGAGAGAAGAGGAAAAGAAUAAAGGCAAUUGAAAACAAUACGACGGCAUUACAGUCGAGGAUAACUCAUUAGAAAUUGAAAUGAGACGUGGCAGCAGCAUGGUUAAUUUUCUGUGGCUGCUGCUGGUGCUUUUCAGCUGCGCCACAGCUGAGGAGCAUUCGCAUCGCCAUCAUGAGGCAACAGCGGCGGCGGCAACAGCAACAACAACAACGAGUGCACCGGGCACGCUGAAGCAACAGCAACGCUUGUUGCAACUGCAACAGGCACAGGAGAACGGCAAUGGCAAUGGCAACGGCAAUGACAUUGGCCUCCUCGACUAUCGCCACCAGCAUUCACAUCAUCACUUGCGUCAUGAGCAACAUUUGCGUGCCGAACUCGCUGGCAGCGUUGGCAACAGGCAACCGCCGUCGGCAGCCAAGCUGGAACUGGAGCAAUUGGCCAUGUUGCCGGGGCCGGGACAACAGCAUCAUUUGCGUCAUCACAAUCGUCAUCAUGCCGCCUGGGAGCAACGUGUUUUCCCCGCGCUGCGCCACCAGCAACAGCAACAACAGCAGCAACAACAUCGCACCACAAAUGCCCCGGCAACAUAUUCGAGAGUUGUAACAGAUGCCCCUCCAGCGCAUUCGUUCAGCAAUUCGAGCGGCACACGUUACUUUGAUCGCGAUGGCAUCUACGCUGCCUGGAUGCAACCACGUGCCACACGUGCCCCCAACUGGCAACAGCUCGAGGAGAGCUACGAGGAUGGUGACGAGGAUGAUGAGUAUGAUGAAGAUGAGGAUGAGGACUAUGAUGAGGAUGCUGAUGAUGCAGCAGCCACUGCCGAGUUGGCCAAACAAAUGCCACGCUAUUCGUUGUUUAGUCAAAAGUUGCCCUCAAUUAGCUCCAACGAAGAGGAUUACGAUGCCUACGAUCAGGCAGUGGAUGUCGAAGUUGAUAAAAAUACCAACAAUAAUAAGCAUCCAAGUGUUGCCAAUGGUCAUGCCAAGGCGGCGGCCAAGCGGAAUGUCUUUGAUUGGCUCUUCAAGCGCGACAAGGAGAAGGUCAAGCCUCAGCCUCAGCCUCAAUCGCCGCAAGUCAAGCCAAGCACAACAGAGAAGCCGAAAAGCUUUCUGGAUGACAACCUAAACGAUGACGGUGACGACGGGGACAACGAUGAAGCCAUCGAUGCCUUCUCCAACGAGCAGUGGAACAAACUGGAGCAUGAGCAUAAAAUCCAACACGAGCAUUACAUGAACAAACAGAAGCAUCAAAAGGAGAUUGAAGCUUUGCGAGCACGCAACAGAAAUACGCCAUUGAUAAGGCGCGGCAGCAUGCGACGAGGCGGCGGCAUUGAUAAUGAGGCAAAGGCAGCCGAGGGACUUUUGCUGCUGUCAGACACCAACAACAAUGGGCAUAAUGCGAAUGCAGACAACAAUUAUUCACACAAUUAUAUACCCGGCAAGCUAACUGAAUUGAAGAACAAACAGCUUGGCAAUCCGAAAGCGGUGUCAAAUUCACGACGUGGUCAUAAUCCUGACUCGGAAUUGGCUGAAAAACAUUAUAGAACUGUCAUGGAGGAGGCAAUGUGCCAUGAGCCACAGAUGCGUUGCAUGCGUGUUGAACGGGAUCCCUCGAAAAUCUACAGGCCACAUUGCACCAAGCUGUUUCGGUGCAGCGAGGAUAGCGGCUGUUGUCGCAGUCGCAGCGAGAUCUGUGCCCCAAAGGAAUACCACGAGGUCGAGCUGACUUUCUAUGUCUCGACGGUUGGCUCACGCAAAUCAACUACUGAGAAAUUGUCGUUUGUCAAUCACACCAAAUGCCAUUGCAUUGAACGCACCAAUUUCUACAACGGAGCUCUCUCCAAUGUGGGAGAGUUGCAACAGGCGGCCAUACUCAACUGCAAUUGUCCCAAACUCUUUGAGAAGAUCAUACAGAACGAUGGCAAAUGUCGCUGCGAUUGCACAUCAAGCAGCAAUCACUGUGCUUAUCUGAAAACCGGCAUCGAACACUUUUCCAUGAAGGAUCGCAAGUGCAUACAUCAGGGCAUUUGCAAGGCGCCCACCUGUCAGUAUGGCAAUUAUAUGGAGAAGCACGGACGUUGCCCCAAUGAGAACGAGCAGAGCAACUACAAUGCCCACAAUUUGUCGUAAAUGGUGUGCGACACAAGUAUUAGAGCAUAAGAUCUGUUAUAUUACAAAACGGAGGUCUGAGCCAGGUUAAACAAACUAAACUGUCUAUCGAAUCAUUUAACAAAACAAAACAAAACAAAACAAAAACCAAAGCGAAGUGAAUGUUUUAUGUUGUUGCCUGGCGAAGAGUAAAAGAAAUGAAUUUAGUUGCAUAUCCUAUACAAUUUACGAAUAUAUAAUAUAUCCGCUGAUUGCAAAACUGUUUUACAACAGUUUCAGUCUUUUGUCCCUCCCAUUUUUAUUCAACAGAUCAUCUAUCUUAACUAGCUGUAAAAAUCUAUAUAUGUAUGUGUGUACUACGAUCGAACAAGAAACGAAUUCGAAUUAAAUGAAAUCGACAACAAAUAAGCAAUUUAUUUGCAAACGAAAAAAAUAAAACUGAGUAAAAAGCAUAUAUAUAAAUUGCAAAAAAUAUUCCAAAAUAUAAAUUGACUGCGUUUUAGUUUAAAUUUACUAUUCAUAUGUUAUUUAAUUAUAAAUGAAAAACAAAACAAACAAAAAAAAACACAAAAGCAAAACAAUAUAUAUAUAUAUAAUUAUUAGAAAUUUUAAUCAUACUAUAUAUAUAUACAUAUAUCAUAAAUAUUAUUAUAUGCAGCACUAAAUACAGCAAAAGGAGAAAACAAAAUGAAAACGACAACAAAAAUCAAUAUUGAAACUGCUCACAAAACAGAGAAAGACAAAUGUUUUGCAUUUGGUAUUAAUAAUUAUAAAUUUAUAUAAUUAAUUUCUAGUCAAACGUUUACACAUGAUUUGUUUAGCAAAAAAAAAACAAGCAUUUAAUACAAAUUACAUACUAUAAUAUGCGUACAUAAACAUACAAACAUACUCGUAUAGAGAACGAUAGACAUAAUUCAUGCUAUACUAUACUUACGUAACAUAACUUCAUGUAUCCGACUGUCCCAACAACUGUCAUUCUCUCUAGCAAAAACAAAAAAAAACAUAGAAAACUUAAUUAUAAUGAACUUGAUAUUAAUUCAGAAGCCAUUAUGGAACCCACCAGCGAGAACACAAUAAUAACUACGAAUAUAUUCACAAAACAAGAGAAAAACACUUCAACAUUUUAACAUAAAACGAAAUCUGACUUUAUAAGUGUAAGUUUAAGUUCUCUGAUUUUAGUUUGACUUCAAACAAUAAAUCAUCACUGCAAGGACUAUGUUUUAAAAUGUGAGCUAAAAUCAAAUACAAAGUUAUUCACAUUAAAUUCAAAUCACGUUGUGUUGUGAAUAUGAAAAGCAUUGGCAAUAAAUAAAGCGAAAGCAAUUGUUGUUUCGUAUGAAAAUUAAAAUAAGUACAUAUAGUUUGUAUAUGUAUUUAAUUCUAAAUAAUUUAGUGCUCAUAUACUAUCGAAAUUCAACAUUUGAACAUUAUCAAAAGGCAUCUAAUACAAAUUAAAAAAAAAUGUUUAAUUUGAAAGUAUUCGCAAUUGAUUGCCCAACAAUGAGCCGUUAAUAAGUAUUUUUGUGCUUAACUUGUUUUCACAUUUAUUUGCCAUAAUUUAUGAGCAUUUUGUUUGCUCAAAUAUUAUUAUAUUUAUUGAAUUCCACACACACACGCACAACACACCAACACACACUCAUAAGCACUCACAAAAACACACAGAAAGUGGCACUCAAAUGCGCAAAUUGACCCAUAAAUAAAUUAAACAUUUAUAUAAUUGUUUUUAGAGAUGUUAUGCAAAUAUAUAAAAUAAACAUAUGUAUGAAAUAUAUACUACUACAAACAAACAAAACAACAAAAACAACAAACAAAUAAAACCAAACAUUUCAACACGAUUUUAUUUCUAACCUUAGCAUAAAUUUUAAUGUAUAAUAUAAAUCAAACACAUUGAAAGCGGAUGAGCAAAAACAUUUAAGAACAAAAAAUAAAACCACACUUAUUAUAAAUAAA